GUUUACACCAAAGAGUGCUUUUGGAACUGGAAAUGAGUCAAUCCAGUCCAACCGAUGCAGAACAGAUUAUACUUGGGUUCGUAAAUUCUGGGCCUAGAUUUUGGUUUGGUUCGAACGAAGUUGUAUAGCCCACGAGAAGUUAACUAAACUAUUCUACACCCUUUAAUUGUCUUCUUUCUUUAAUUCAUACACCCUUGGUCUUGGUAGCUUAAUGUUUUAUAUAGGUAUACAAAAAAUAAAUUAAACAGUAUUAGAGAUAUGUUAAUCUCCAAUGGAUGCUUUAAUCUCCAGUUCUAGGAGUCUACACGAACUUGAGAGAUAAUAAAAUUUAUGACUGGCUCGUAGAAUUUUAAGUCCUGAUAAUUUACAAGGUUUGACGUGGAAGAACUUUAAAUUCCACACCCUGAAAUUUUUUGGAAUAAGCCAUAGAGAAACGAACUAAUCAUAUACUUGUUUUGGCUCUUUUUUUCUUUCUAGUUAAUAAGUUAGAUCACAUCUAUUUAUUUCUAUCAUUGUGGAGAAAAUGGAGAUUAUAACAUCACUUGUAUUUGCAAAAUAACAAAGAUCAUGUUCUAGUUAUGUCAUCCCUCACCAUACAACAUAAUAAGCCCAAAAGAGAAAACAAACCCACCAAAAAUACUACUUAGAAAUUUAAUACUUAUAUGCAUAAUUUUAUCUGAAGCUUGAUUCUUAUUUUGGUGAAAAUGUAGAUUUGAUGAAGUUAGUUACAUGUACUAAACAUAAAGCAAAGUUAUUGAAUGUUGAUGGCCACAUAUCAAGCAUUGAUUUAUGAGUUUCUAAAACUUUUGAUUUUCUUUAAUGAAUUGUCUUUGUUAUGCAAGUGUUAUGACCGACAAUAUAUAUAUUGUUUUUAAAAGAAAGGAAACAAUAUGUCGAGAACAAUAUUUGUACACGAACAUUGACAUAAUGACAAAUAACACUACUAAAAGGGACAUAUCCUGUGUCCAGGGAACGCCACGUCAUCAAAAAAAUUCGCCCAAUCAGAAAGAGUUAUUCAUCCACGUCAGAAGCGCGCGUCCAGAAUCGACCAUUUAAUAAGGUGGGCUUCUAUGGGCUUUCUCUGUUCUAUUUUCGGUCCGGUUUGGACCCAUCUCGCAGGAACCCAUCUCGCAGGAACCGAAGUCGAGAGAUAUGAUUCUCCACGCCGCUUACGCUUCGUCUUCUGAGAGAGAAUCAGAUCAAAGAGCAAAGAAAAAAGAAACUGAUAAUUGAUCGAGCAAUUUACUUUCGCUUUGAUCAAUCACUACGUUCUUAAUGGUUCCGUUCCAUCUCCCUCAUCCUCUCCUUCUUUAUAUACUUAGAUUCUCUCCUCCCUCAAACCAAAACCCUAGAACCACUCAAACCUCAAGACAUGGCGAUGAAACGAAAUGGGAAGGCCCCCGUCUCCUCCGAUUCUGAUGAGAAAGUCGUGUUCUUCAAUGAUGUCUCUUUAGGCCCCCAUGAAUCUCAGUUGCGAUUCCGACUCAUCCACUUCUGGGAGGCUCGGAACCCGGUGAAGAAGACAGUCAUUGGUCUGGAGAUGCUCCUCAUCGACGAACAGGGAACUGUUGUUCAAGGAUUCAUCCCACCGGGAAGAAUUAAGAAGUUCUUGCCGGACAUGAAACGUGGAUCAGUUUACAAACUCAUCAACUUCUACGGAUCGAAAAAAAGCCGGUGUAUCGGGUUUCUGACCAUGUCGCGACCGUCUCUUUCACAUGGAACUCUGAACUGAUCCCGCUUCACGACAUUCCCAUCCAUUUCGCUGAAGACCGUUUCAGGUUUCAUUCACAUGAAGAUUUCGAAGCAAAUUGUGAUCUCAGAGGUGACCUCUAUGGUAAGCUCUUUAAUCUUACAAGUAAUCUCUUUGUUAAAUUGCUUUAUGUUUAGAUGUGGGUUCGUUCUAGCUUAGUUUUAUGUGACGUAACUGGUAAAAGUUUUUAUAGUUUUGGUUUAAUAUAUAAUAUAUAAACAUGUUGAUAGUUUAAGUUAAAGAGUUUUUGGUCUGCUUUGAUCAUUCUGUGAAUCACACUACGUACUAAAAGAACAACAUGUUAAUUAGUUUCGUUCAUUUGGUUUAUAAAGUUAGAUCCCUAUAAUUUUAUUUAUCCAUCUAACUUAUACUCUUUAUGAAUAGUUUUGUGUGACGUAACUGGUAAAAGUUUUUAUAGUUGUGGUUUAAUAUAUAAUAUAUACACAUGUUGAUAGUUUAAGUUAAAGAGUUUUUGGUCUGCUUUGAUCAUUUUGUGAAUCACACUACGUACUAAAAGAACAACAUGUUAAUUAGUUUUGGUCAUUUGGUUUAUAAAGUUAGAUCCCUAUAAUUUUAUUUAUCCAUCUAACUUAUACUCUUUAUGAACAAUGUGUUAGAUGUCCUUGGCCACAUGAAGCUGGUCAAUGGACAGACUCUUACUGAGCGUCCAACCCUUGACGAAUUGGAGAUAGCUGCCACUCGGCACGUUUUGGUUCAUGUGCAAUCGCAUGACGGCCCUGUGAUGAAGCUCUACCUUUGGGACCAGGCUGCAACAGAGUUCUGCCAGAAAUUCAAAACCUUUGAAAACACUCCAACAGUGAUUUUGGUCACGACUGUUAACCCCAAACGUCUCGGAGGUACCCUUGCCCUCUCCUCUAUGUCCUCCACACGGGUGUUCAUGGACAAUGAUGUCCAACCAACCAUAGAGUACUCCACCUGGCUCGGCUGUAACCCAGACACUGCUAAUCAGGUUAUUGCAGAGGUGGUAACUAAGCGUGAGACGCUGUCUAUAGCGGACAUAUUCUCCUACAUCAAACAGGACUCUGCAAAGGAUGCCUUUUUUGAAUGCACGGCUACAAUUGAUGAUGUUGUUCAUGGCUCUGCUUGGUACUACAUUGCAUGCAGUGGGUGCCAUUCUAAGGCUACGAAAGGCCCAACGUCGAUGGUGUGUACAAACACAAAGUGUGAGAAGGUUAACACAACUGGUGUUGCAGAGUACCGUGCAAAGAUAUCUGUUUAUGACAACAGUGAGCAAGCUGUUUUUGUCUUGCUUGGUGAUGCUGGUCGUUCUUUAACUGGGAAGCACGCAUCAGAGUUGCUGAGCAGCUACUUUGAGGCCAAUGGGGACAAAGGAGCUGAGGAUGAGGUGCCUGUCCCAGAAGCUCUAAUCAGCAUCAUCGGACAAACGCAUAGGUUUUGUGUGAAAGUGACUGAUCACAACUUCUCAGGCAACACCCGAGCUAUAACAGUCACCAAGGUCCUCUCUCAAGACAUCCCUCCACACACAGAAGAAUCGGUUGGAAACAACAAUGCUGCAGCGUCCAAGGUAACGAUGCUGACCAGAGACGAAGUGUCCGAAUCCUCCAAAAGCCGUGGAGAUUGUGCAAAUGAAGAGAGUAAGAGGGGGUAUGACACUGCUGAUCCAGAGAAGGCUAAACGCCCAAGAUGUGAGAAUUAGAGCUUUGUUCAUCUUCUCAGAUGUUGCAAGGUCCACUAAAUUUCAAGUCUUUGCUUUUCAAUUUCAGAAUUGUUUUCUGGUUUUCUUUCAGUUUCUACAUUUCAGAGUUUUUUGCUUGCAGACAGUUUAAGAAUUGAUUUCUGGUUUCCAAACAAUUAUGUUUUUAAUAUCCUACUCUGCGUUUUUAGAA